CUAUUUAUGUGCACACUUAAGACUCACCACAAACCGCCCAAACCACCCUUGCUAUCCAUUGCAAACUUCGAACGUGAAAUACCUUAGGCUUCGAAACUUCGACUACGAACCGUAUCAACUGUACCCGAUCCACAUUUCUUUGACCGCAGGCUGAUAGAAGAAAGUAUGGAGAACCGCGAUCCGGGGGUGGAAAACGAUUUAACACCCUUUAUCACUCGAACAACUCAGGACCACGUUAGUGGAGGUGCAUUUGGCGAUGUCUGGAAAUGCAAUUACAUUGUAGACAGUGGUAAUUCAACCUUCGUUGCGGUCAAGUCAUUCAGAUUUCCAGAGCAUUAUGAUUUGGAGCGAAUCAACAGGAAAAUCAGCCGAGAAAUUGGCAUUUUGAAGAUUCUACGCCAUGACAACAUUGUACCGUUGUUGGGUACAGCGACAGGAUUUGGACGGAUGCGAAAGUCGCGCUGCUUGGUGACUCCGUGGAUCCCAAACGGCACGUUGAAUGCUUACCUAGCAUCUAACCACAAUGAUCUCACAGGGCUGGACCGUUCACGUAUGGUAAAGGAUUGACCUACCUUUGGUGCAGUGCACUCGCCGUGCAAGGUUGAUUGAUUUUGGUCUUUCCACCAUUGUCCGACCCCUUCUCGGCUAGUCGCAACUGGCUGCGACGUCUA